CAUCCAUGAUCCAUCAACCUCCACGAAAACAUUUGAAGUUUUGAACAAAUGUGGUAAAACCCUAAACCCUAGAACUAGAACCUCCUACUUCUAGACUCUUCUUCACACAUCCUUCCUUUAAAAUCUCUGCACACCACCUUCACUCCAUCUUCCUCUUCUUCCAUUUUCUCUCUCCUCUCCAUUUCCAUUCUCCGCCCAACUCAGACCAUGUUUCGCGCAGCCGCCGCUCUCGCUUCCCGAGCUCGCACCACCACCCGCUCUAUUGGUGGCAGUUUGAAUUUUAGCAGAAAUUAUGCUGCUAAAGAAAUAAGAUUUGGUGAAGAUGCCCGCAAAUCUAUGCUUAAGGGUAUCGAAGAACUUGCUGAUGCUGUUAAAGUUACUAUGGGACCUAGGGGGCGUAAUGUUGUGAUCGAGCAAAGUUUUGGUGCUCCUAAAGUUACAAAGGAUGGUGUAACAGUGGCUAAGAGUAUUGAAUUUAAGGACAGAUACAAGAAUUUGGGUGCUAGUCUUGUAAAACAAGUUGCUAAUUCUACCAACGAUGUUGCCGGGGAUGGCACAACCUGUGCUACAGUUCUUACCAAGGCAAUAUUAAUUGAGGGAGUAAGGUCAGUUGGAGUAGGAAUGAAUGCGAUGGACCUCAGAAGAGGCAUGACUAUGGCAGUUGAUGCUGUUGUAAAUUACCUUAAAAGUAGAGCGAGGAUGAUCAGCACCUCAGAGGAAAUCGCUCAGGUUGGUACCAUUUCAGCAAAUGGAGAGAGGGAAAUCGGUGAGUUGAUUGCAAAGGCUAUGGAGAAGGUGGGCAAGGAAGGAGUUAUCACAAUCCAAGAUGGCAAGACAUUGUUCAAUGAACUUGAAGUUGUUGAGGGUAUGAAGCUGGACAGGGGUUACAUUUCUCCCUACUUUAUUACCAACCCGAAAACCCAAAAAUGUGAAUUGGAUGAUCCACUUAUUUUGAUCCAUGAGAAGAAAAUUACCAGUGUCAAUGCUGUUGUGAAAGCCUUAGAGUUUUCAUUGAAGAAGCAAAAACCCUUGUUGAUUGUCGCCGAAGAUGUCGACAGUGAGGCCUUGGCAACUCUUAUCCUGAAUAAGAUCCGAGCGGGACUAAAGAUCUGUGCGGUUAAAGCACCUGGAUUUGGAGAAAAUAGAAAAGCCAAUUUGCAGGAUCUUGCGACACUUACUGGUGGAGUGGUAAUAACUGAAGAGCUUGGCAUGAAUAUGGAAAAACUUGAAAUGGAUAUGCUGGGUUCAUGCAAAAAGAUCACUGUCUCAAAGGAUGACACCGUGAUUCUUGAUGGUUCUGGUGAUAAAAAAUCCAUUGAGGAGAGAUGUGAACAGAUUAGAUCUGGUAUUGAACUAAGCACAUCUGACUACGACAAGGAGAAGUUGGAGGAGAGGCUUGCUAAGCUGUCUGGUGGAGUUGCUGUUUUGAAGAUUGGAGGAGCUAGUGAAGCUGAAGUUGGUGAGAAGAAAGAUAGAGUGACAGAUGCUCUGAAUGCCACUAAAGCAGCUGUUGCUGAAGGUAUUGUACCUGGUGGUGGUGUAGCACUUCUUUAUGCUUCAAAAGAGUUGGACAAGCUACAAACAGCCAAUUAUGACCAGAAGAUUGGAGUACAGAUCAUACAGGCAGCACUGAAGACAUCCGUUCACACAAUUGCUUCAAAUGCUGGUGUGGAGGGAGCUCUUGUUGUUGGCAAACUACUAGAGCAGGAGGACCAUGAUCUUGGUUAUGAUGCUGCUAAAGGUGAAUAUGUAGAUAUGGUCAAAUCCGGAAUCAUUGAUCCAUUGAAGGUUAUUAGGACAGCUCUGUCAGAUGCUGCUAGUGUGUCAUCCUUGAUGAUUACCACUGAAGCUGUCGUCGUCGAGGCACCCAAGGAUGAGAAGGAUUCAGCUCCUGCAAUGGGUGGUAUGGGCGGUAUGGAUUAUUGAGGUGUUUGGUUGAAUACGUGGGAGAAUCAUUCUCUAUGCUUUUGCUGGAUUUUGUUGAUGCUUUAGUUUAGGGAGGAAAUUGUGUACAACAUAGUAGGAGAGAAUAGUUUGUAGGAUCGCUUGCUAAUGCAAGACAUGAGCCAUGUUUUGAUUGCAUCGGAACAAGGAACUGCGACUAUUGUUUUCAUUGGAUGACGAUGUUUGGAGUGGAACCUGUGCUUAAGUGUUGACACAGUUCUGUUUCACUGGGAAUAUUGUUGUUUACUAGCGGAGCUAGCUAAAUUGGCACUAAAAAUAAAAAUUGGAAAUAUGAUUUUUUUCUA